AUGAAUGAAUUAUAAUUCAUUUAAUAUAGAUAUUAAUUGAGAAUACGAGAAUAAAAAUCAGCAAAAGACUUAUGGCUUUCAACUUAUUGCUGCUUUAUGUUUAUGCUGCUUAAAGCAUUCAAUAUGACUGGAAAAAUGGGGAUGAUGCAAAUAUAUGAUUUCUUAUAUUCAACCAAUUUUCCAUUAGGUAUUGAUUCAGGACUAGUAUGUUUUGGAAAUGUUUAGUACAAUAUAUAUUUAUUUUACAUAGAUGGUUUUGUUAUGAGAUGGCUGCCCCUUUGAGUUUACCUAUUAUUCCGAUGCUUUUAUUAAAAGUUUAGUUCAGAUACAUAUUUUUCUUUUCCUCAUUAGGAUCUAUUUUGUUUAUUAUACCCAUUUAAUUUGCAACAAUAUGUAAAGAUUCUGAGGAGUCAAUUUGCAAUGUCUAUGUAAUGUGGACAUUCACUAUAGUGUUUUCAGCUAUAUCAGGAUUUUGUAAGACUUUACUACUUUUUUCAAUGCUUUAUUAUUUGUCUAAUUUGGCAGGUGGUCGGGAGAAGAUAAUUUACUAUAGUUCAUUCUAUUUUAUGUAUGUAUAUAGAUAUUAUAAUUUAAUAUAUAGACAUCAAUUUUAAUGGUUGAUCGGUAGUUUAAUAGGGAAUUUAUUGGUUCAUUUUUGUAGUAGAGGUUCAUUAGUAGAGACAUUAAAACAUGUUUAUAUUAUAUUGAUAAUCAGUUCUUUGUUUUUAUGUUCAUUAUUUUUAACAAUUCCAGAUGAAAAAAAGAAAUCAAAAUUAAAAAAGUUUAAUAAAAUUAUAUCUCAAUUGCUAAUGCAAAAUGGGAAGGAGAAUAAAAAGAUAUUGAGAUUAGAACUAUAAAAAAUGAAUAAAAAGAAUGAGUCAAAUGAAUUAUAUAAUAAAUUAAUAGAAGAAGAAGCUACUGGUGAAAGUGAUAAGAUUUAAUAAAUAAUGGAUUAAUAAACAUAGAUGAUGUAGACUCAAUAAUUCUUUACAAUUUAAAGUUUUUCAUACGAAGAGAAUAAUUUAUAGGAUAUUCUAUCAGAGAAACCAAAAUCAUCUGAUGAUCUAUAAUGGGUUUAUGCUGGUUAGAAAACAAUAUUAAUGGAAGAAUAUGUUAAGAAUAAUUAUUUUGGAAAUCUAUAUUUAACUUUGUCUGUUCUUUGUUCUGAAGGAUUCUAUUAUUUUAUUAUUUUGAUUUUUAAUGUUGGAAGUUUGAUGUCAUAUUUAUUAUUGUAAUUGCCAAAUCUAUUGACAAUAAAUUCAGUAUUGAAUCCUGAAACUAGGGCUGCUACAAUUUAUGAAGGAUUUUUGUAUGUAGGGAUAGGAUAGAUUUUUGGAUGUUUUUAUAUAGGGAUGUUUGGAGAUUUCUCUUAAAAAAUAACGUAUAAAAUUAUAUAUUAAAUUAAGAGGACUAUAUUAUAUUUUAGGAGUAUAUUAAUUGGGAUGUUUUUUGGCUUGGGGAAUAUACAUAUUUUAGAUAGACUUUUUAGUAUUUACAAUGUCAUUCAUUUUUGGAUUUAGUUGUUCAGCAAUGAUGUCAACAACUAUAUCAUUUUAGAUAGUUUAUUUUUAAAAAGUACAAUUUAUAUUAUAAUAAUAAUAGUUCAUCUACUCAGUCGAUUUAAUGUAUAUAAUUUUCAGUUUUUCUUUCUCUAUCACCUCCUUAUUAUAUAUUAUAACUAACUUUUUCGGAAAAUUUUGUGGUUUGAUAUUGUUAUAGAGUUCAGGAAUAUUUGGAUUAUUAUCAAUUUGGAGAAUACACAUGAAAUUGAAAGCAAAAGUGAAUAAAUAAUAAUAAUGA